GAAAAAAAAAAGGAGCAAAUAAAAGAGGAAGACUUGGUGGCUUCUCAGUGGGCAGGGGCACACGGUUUGGAUUUUGUCCCCCUAUAAGAGCAGUCUUCUAUUAGCCGCGUACAGAUAGAUAGACACCGAAUUCUUGAUUGCAAAGAGAGGAAGAAAACGAAAGCGAGAUGAGGAGUAACUCGGUUCUGUUCUUGGCCUUCGUUCUUCUUGCCGUCUUCCUCGCGGCGCUGAUUCCCUUCGCCGAAUCCAGCAGCAGGCACCAUCACCACCCGCAUCUCCAUGGCAGAGGUGACGGCGAGAGAGGAGGAGGAGGAGGAGGAGGAAGGGUGCUAGCGGCGAAGCGGGGAGCGGCGGCGUGGCCAUGCUGCGACAACUGCGGCGGGUGCACCAAGUCGAUCCCGCCGCAGUGCCAGUGCAUGGACGCCCGGCCGGCGGGGUGCCACCCGGCGUGCAGGAGCUGCGUCAAGUCCAGCCUCAGCGUCUCCCCGCCGGUGUACCAGUGCAUGGACCGGAUCCCCAACUUCUGCCAGAGCCGCUGCACCGCCGCCGCGGCCCACUGACCUCGCUCGCCGCCGCCGACGACCCACCGGCCACCGCCGCCGACCGGCGCCGGCCACGUCCCUUGGUUAAUUACGAGUGGUUUUGUUUGUGUUUUUUCUUUUUCGUGUAAAGCUGAAGAGGUUGUGUACCUACCUUGGAGGUGAUUGGAGCAGCUGGUUUCAGGAUUAUCUGCUGAAACCAUCCUCCUUGCUCAUCUCCUCGCUCUGCUUGCUAACUACGGAGUAAUUGUAGAGAGGUGGGUAGAGAUUACUCGCCGAGCUAUCUAUGCCAAAGGCCAUGGUGAUUCACUAGUUUUCUUUUCACCUUUUUACCGCUCUUGUUGGAUAUGAAUGAACGAAUUGAUGGUAAAGAUAAAAAAUCGCUGGAAGCAAAAAAGAUCGAUGCACUCAUGGUUCAUAUCUUCCUCUUCUCUUGGUACUCUCGAUUGGGUCAUUGGGUGAACGAGGAUGCUGAAAACCAGCUUUGUUUGAUGAGUGCAUGAACCUGGACGCAAUCCGGCAUCAUGUUCCAGGUUGGGGACGGGAACGAGGCUAAUGAAAUUUCAGAACGGAGCGUCAUGCUUGUGUCUGUUGUUGUCAUCAACCGAA